AUGGCGAGAACACAUACAGCACAAUGGCCUACUCUCACCAGCCUUCUCUUCCUGGCCGGGGCAGCUUCGGGAACUCUCUUGACUCUGUCCAAUUUCCAAAGCCUAACUUCGGCGGUGUCUGUCCAAUGCCUCUACGCCUACAACCUGCCCAUUCGAGGAUGCAGCCCCAGUGAUUUCACUCGCGGCGCGACAUGUUCUGAGAGCUGUAUCUCAGGAUUGCAAGCAGUGCAGUUCAGUGUGCGAGGACUAUGUGCCAACAUCAGCUCUGGCUCAAAUUCUCUUCUCUUACAGGUCAAAGAAGGCCAUAUCCUCGACGCUCUCUGCAAUAUGCACACACCACAAAUGAGCACUACUUCGGCGCCAACUCCUCCACCGAAACAAACACCGCCACCACCGCGAGAAUCAUCAUCAAAACUGGAGCCAGAGAGCACAACCAGCGAUCCGAUAUCUACAACGUCAUCUGCCCCUUCUAAAGCAGCUACAACUACGAUACCCACCCUCACAUCAGUGAUAAUACCCAGCUCAGCGGGAGAGUCUACAGCCGAAGCCACCAACGCUCCGACAUCCAAGGCUACAAAUGAAGAGCAACCCUCUUCUACAAGUGAAGAAAAGCCAAAACCAACACGCAAUCCCAAUGCGCAGCCUGGCAGCGGCGGUGGAAGCCCAUUUGACUUUGUUGCCAUUAGCAAAGCAACUAACCUUGGGCUCACUGGGGGUUCUAUUACAAUGGCUAUUGCCAUUGGUUUCACGACACUAACGCUUAUAUGA